AGCGAACAAGAAAAUUCAGAUGAUGAGGUAGUGAUAUUGGAAGAUGACGAAGACGAAGAGGAAGAACAAAUGGUCUCUGAUAAUGAAUCACAAAAUUAUUCUUCAAUGUUUACAGAUAACAUUCCUGAAUAUUUAGGGAUAAAAAUAGAUAAGAAUAAUGUUCACAAACUUACUGGUGCAGUUGGAGAUUCCCAAUCUAUUGGUACUUCAUAUAAUUUUCCUAUAACCAUAGGCACUGGAGAAGAUUCUAUAACAGUUCCUGAAAAUGAAUUAUCUGUAGUCCCCACAAAAAAGAUCGAAAUGGAAAAGAUAUAUCUAUAA